UGCCGCGAAAGGGCAAAAGAGGAAAAAGAAACCCAUUGCGGCGACGCGAAACCCCGAAGUGCGAGCCCAGCCCCCACCUCAGCUGUGAACUGAAAACGCGCGAUAAAACCCUAGUGAAACCCCUCCGAUAAUUACGUCACUGUCUUUCGUGACUCGGAGUUAACUCACCGACCGAGGCGACGCGCUGAAAUGUACGGAUCCGAAUCCGGUACAGUCCCGGAGGAUUUGGAACGAACCGCUUUCAGAAGAGCGGAGAAGAAGUACAAGCUGUAUUACGAAGACACCUACAAAUCAUCCAAAAAGAAACGGAAACCGAAACCCGUGGAUUUAUCAGAGGUAUUGGAUUUCAAUUCCAUUCUAGAAUCGUACUAUCAAAACGUUGAGCUUCCACACGGUGUCGUUCCUCUUCGAUGUGAUUUCGAUAGGCCCGUGUUCUCCUUAGAAAAUCGCCCAGGGUUUUAUUUCAUUCCUGGAGCACUGAGGGUGAAGGAACAAUGCCAGUGGAUAAAGGAGAGUUUAACCAGCUUCCCGCAGCCUCCUAACAGAACAAAUCACAAUGCAUUUUACGGGCCUAUAAAUGACUUGUUUAUUGCGGCGAAUGAGAGGAAAGUUUUGGUUGCGGAUGGGGGUUCAAAUUCUGAAUGUGAUCCUUCUGUUAGCAAUGGAGGUGUUCACGGUUGGAAGUUCUUUGAGGAACGUGAAGUGUCUUCGAAAGGGAGCACGUGCAAAUCAGUUUCAGCUUCAGUUCUAUUGCGGAAAUUGCGUUGGAGCACCCUUGGCCUGCAAUUUGACUGGUCCAAGCGAAACUAUGAUGUCUCUCUCCCGCAUAAGAAGAUCCCUGAUACACUCUGCCAACUGGCUAAAAGACUGGCAACACCUGCAAUGCCUCUGGGUGAAGAAUUCCAGCCUGAAGGUGCAAUAGUGAACUACUUUGGCCCAGGUGAUAUGCUUGGGGGCCACCUUGAUGACAUGGAAGCUGAUUGGAGUAAGCCUAUUGUAAGCAUGAGUUUAGGCUGCAAAGCAAUAUUCCUUUUGGGAGGAAAGCAUAGGGAGGAUCCUCCAAUAGCAAUGUUCCUUCGAAGCGGUGAUGUUGUACUUAUGGCUGGUGAAGCAAGGGAAUGCUUUCAUGGUGUGCCUCGGAUAUUCACAGAUGGAGAAAAUGAUGAAAUCGUGACUCUUGAGAGGCAGUUCUCACACGAGGAUGAUUUUAGUGCUUUAGAAUACAUCCGAAGUUCAAGAAUCAACAUCAACAUCAGACAAGUUUAUUGAGAUUGAUAUUCUUUUUCAUCGAAAUUUUGGAUUCAAUCGAAAGGAUUUUUGGCAAUAAAGAGUUGUUAGAGAAUUGCUACACAAGUUACCCCAAAAAAAAAAAAAGAGAAUUGCUACACAAGGACAUGUGGGAGAGCUAUGUAGUAACUACAAUGGUGCGGCACCCAUGAAUGUGCGGCUUGUUACAAGUUGGAUGCAGCAACAAAAAACAAAAAACAAUAAACCAUAAGAAAAGAAAUAUGAAUGCAAGUAGCAUUGAUUGUCCUAGAAGAACAGGGCAAUGCAAUUAUGCAAGUAGCAUUGGUUAGAUAGCCUGUGAUUUUGUUUGAGGGAUUGAAUCUAUCCAGUGCCAAUAGAUUUUCUUGAUAGUCUGAUUUAACUGGGGAUGAUAUUUUUGUAAAAUUCAUAGCUGAUGCCCCUGCGGUGCAACUUUGUAGUUUUCUCGCAAAUCAAUUUUGUAGUCUGUUUCCAGGCCAAAGGAAAAAAUUGUACUUUUGUUUUAGGGUAUGAGUAGUUAAAUGGAUGCUUUGGCGGCGGUUAAUUAUC